AUGCUGGCUGGAGUAGCUGAUGACUGGUGGAUUGGCCCUCAUCAAAGACUGGAGGCUAUUGGUGAAAUGAUUACUUGUGCUAUGUUUACGAGGGAGUUCCUGAGGAAGUAUUUCCCGGAAGAUGUCCGGGGAAAUAAAGAGACGGAGUUCCUUGCACUAAAACAAGGGAAUUCAACCGUUACCAAGUAUGAUGCUAAGUUCGUGGAGCUUGUGAAGUUCUAUCCACAUUAUAGCGAAGAGACUGCUGAGUUUUUGAAGUUUAUUAAGUUGGGGAGUGGGUUGCGUCUGGAGAUCAAGCGGGCGAUUGAAUAUCAGCAAAUUUGUAGGUUCUUGGAGUUGGUGAACAGUUGUCGGAUUUAUGAGGAAGACAAUUUUUCUCAUUUGGCUCAUUACAAGAGUUUGAAUGAGAAAAGGGAAAAACAACAUCAGGACCGUAGGAAGACUUACGAUGCUCCAGCUGAUUAA